AUUGAAUCAAUAGAUCGGACAUCGCCAAAUGAAUCCGAAAUAGACGAGUUUAAACGAUUAAAACGGCAGUGCUUAUAGCGCGCUGGAACAACACGCCUUCCGCAUUCUUUGUUUAGCCGCAGGGACAACCCCAACUGGCCGCGAUGAGACGUGUUCAAUUUCAAAGGCUUUGCUUUUCAACGUCCGGUCUGACAAAGUUAGUUUGCAUAUGAAAUAAUCGCCUGAUACCGUAGAAAGAGAAAUAUUUGGCGCGAUUGACCGAUAUUGUAGUCCAUUUGCCAUCGGUGAGUUGCGAGAAGUAAGGUGUAUGGAGAACUAUCAAGCAUUUGAAGUGCAGUGUUCCUUUUAGAGUGACUAUAAUGACACAGGCAAUUGUAAUAUACGACUUUAAAGCAACUGAAGCGACUGAACUUACAGUUUACAAGAAUGAAAUUCUGGAAAUCAAUGAAAAGGGCGAAGACUGGUGGAAAGUAGUCAAUAAAUAUGGACAAUCUGGACUUGUCCCAGUAAACUUUUUAGCUGCUCCAAUCACAGACAAUGUAAAGGUUAUUUCUCGGGGUAAAACAAAGAAGGGCCACAAAGCAAAGAGUGAAAAUGAACUAUCAAUUGAAGAAGCUACUCAAGUAGCUGUUUUGGAUAAGGCUGAUGACUACUGGUGGUUCAUUGGUUACAAUGGGGAAACAGGAUUCAUUCCUAAACAUAUAAUACAUGAAUUUAAGCCAAAGGAUACAUUUGAAUUCAGAGAAAUUGCACCCAAAAAAGCAAUUUGUGAUGUAGAAACAACUGUUUUAUUCUCCUUUAAAAAGCCAUUGCCUGAUCAAGGGGAAUUUGUGGUCACAUUUAAGGGAGAUCAUUGUGAGAAAGUGGUAGAUGGGGAAAGGCUGAAUGAUUUUACCAUUAGAAUGAAAAGUCCAAAAUAUUUCCCACCGGAGAAAACCGUAGUCACAAUAAACCACCUGAAUGGGCAGAAGCAACAGUCGAUCCUCAAAGGCAUUGACUUUUUGUUCCAAUCCAAGAUGGACUUGGUUCACAAGAUACUAUCCACAGAAACAGAUCCUCUUAAUUUUCUGUGUUCAUCGUUCCAAAUUGGCGACUUACAAAACGUGGAUCAUAUACUAUCUGGGAACUUUGACAAAAAGGUACCUGAGGGUAUUGAUUUACUAAAAAGUUCCAAAAGUGUUUUGGUGCAAGAUCAAGUCUACCCCAAGGAAACGCCGACGUUGCUGCAUUUCGCGGCAUAUUAUGAUCUUAAGAAGCUUGCAAGAAGUUUGCUCAAAUGUCCUGGCGCAAAAGAAGCAAUGUCAAUCAAGAAUUGCCACGGAAACGGGCCUGUUGGUGUGGCCCAAAUGAGGAAGCAUGAAGAUCUUGAAAGAAUAUUGCAAGAUCAUCAAGCUAAUAAAAACGUAGAUUACGUUCAUGAUGAAGAAGACGAAUACAUGAGCAUGGAGGAUUGUUAUGAACGAUACGUACAGAUGGAUGGUGGACAGUAUGUCCAUCUCGACCAGAAAAAACACGGCUUGAAACUCGAUGAGGACGAAGAACUAUAUGAAGAUAUGGAUGGAGGGAAACCUGCGGAUCCAAAGGAAAUAUACGACACGCCACGUAGUGAGGAUCGGUUCGAGCCUUAUGACGAUGAUUUAGAUGAUAAUGCAAAUAAAAUCGACCAGGAAUCCGAAAUGGAAAAGAAAAUGGAGGAAUAUAAAGUUUGGGGUAGAAUGACAGAGAAAGAGGUCCAGCUGGCGCUACUGAUGAAACGCGUCAAAGAAAGAUAUAUAACCCAGGAACAGGCUCUAGAAAUGGCGCGAGUACUUCGUUUGGAGCCUCAGGCUUCUUCGUCGAAAGCUCCUGACGUGACUAAAAAAAGGAAGCCAAGGGUGCAAAAACGAGUAUCAGCACCGGAAAUUCAAGGUCCUGGAGUACCUGAGAGAAAGACUCAAUCGCUGCCACGAACGAUGUCGACAAGUUCUAGUUCCAGUGCCAGCAGUGUGGGCAGCACUGGAUCAGCGGGUUACGGGAGUGACAGACCUCCUGCACCAGCCAUGCGAAAACCAAAGGUCUCCAAGCCACCCAGUGGAGCAUUUAAUUAUCUGAAGUCGUCAGAUACGCCAAAACAACCAGGAACACCACCUCCAAACUCUCCGCGAAGAGUGAAACGUACUCCGUCCGACCCUCCGCCACCCACCCCCGUACCCCGGGGGCCAAGACGUUAACGACCUAGCGUUAACUAUAGUUGGAUUGGUGAAUCAUUUUAAUGAUUCUUCGUGGAUGUAGCUGGUCUAUAUCCGAUAUUCCAAACGACUUUUUGCGUCGUUGUCCUGUUGCGCUGAGCAGAGUACAUUACCGAGAUUAUAAUUCGACUAGGCCCCUGGGCAAUUGAAAAUUUGGGCGACAUGGUUGUACGUUUGCCCAACUAUAUACACCGAGAGCGUUAAAAAUCCCAUGUAGCAAAAUCCGCAUAAAAAAACCUUAGAUACUACUUUCCUAAAAGCCUAAUUUUUUAGCUCGAGCUAUAAGAGCCAGGGACCGGUUGUUCAAAGCUAGAUUAUCGCUAACAUUAGGUAAAAUUUAAUCCACUGUUUUAAAACACUGUUCGUUUUAAAACGUUAUAACGUUAAACGUCUUUUGAACAACUGGUCAAUGGCCCCCGCUGCAGGGUGAUUAUUUAGAAUUCAGAUUACAUAACAUUAAACACUCACAGCGAGCUAUUAAGGUAUGCAACGACGUCAAGGGUAACGUUCGAGAUGAAAAAUCGUCUUUCGCGUUUUUAUGUUUUUUUUCAUGUGGUUUUUGCUGCAGACUAUACGCGUAGCUAUUUCAUAGCGUAUAUAACGAAUAAUUUAGAAUCGCAAAUAUUAUCCAAUGAUCAAAUGAACGACGCUGAACAAUUUACAUUCGUGGGCAAAGUCCAUUCAGUACUAUAGUAUACUCAGUUGCUUUACUUAGUAAUGUAAUGUCUACGACAAAUAACUAAAUACUAAAUGUAAUGUCUACGACAGACUAUGUGGUUUCUAUUAGUCAAAAUUGUCGCGAACACGUCAAGGUGACGGAUGUAAAAGAAUAUUUCUCAUCUGAAAUAUUUUUCAUCGAUAAAAUGACUUGUUCACGACAAUUACUAAUAUAUGGAAACAAGCCUUUAUUAGUUGAUAAACAUCCAUAGAAAUGGGUAGUACAAGUAAAUAUAUUUGUAAUUGUUUUUGAUAUGGAAUUUUUUAAUGGUCAUAGACUUAGUGAGUUUUUUCGUAUAUAUAGUUUAGUAAGCUAAAGAAAAUUAUUUGUGGUUUUAUAUAAUUAUGUAAAUAAAGAUAUGCCAUGUAACUAGAAGACAAUAUCC